CGGCCUCGAGUGCGGCUGUGCGGCCCGGAAGGCUCCCGGCCGCAGGAGCCCUCCCUCACGGCGUCGGGCUGCUCGAUGGGGCCCGGGUUCUCAGGCCCGGGCCCGGCCGCGGCGGCCGCCCCCAAACAUGGCGGCCUGGCUCCCGUAGCCUUCCCGCUAAGCGGCCCCCGCUGAGCUGUCGCUCCCCCGCCCUCACCCCCGCGGUUCAGGACUGUCGGGCUUGCCUAUGGCCCCCUCCUACCUCUUCACCUGGUGACGUGCGGGGCCCGCCGGGGCCCGGCGCGGAGCGGACACGAUGGCCGAGCACGGGGCUCACAUCACGGCCACUCCCGGCGCUGAUGACCGGCCCUCCAUCUUCGAGGUGGUAGCGCAGGACAGUCUGAUGGCCGCCGUGAGGCCCGCCCUUCAGCACGUGGCCAAGGUUCUCGCAGAAUCCAACCCUGCCCACUACGGCUUCCUCUGGAGGUGGUUUGAUGAGAUCUUCACCUUUCUGGAUCUCUUACUGCAGCAGCACUACUUGUCUAAAGCCAGUGCCUCCUUCUCCGAAAACUUUUACGGCUUAAAGAGGAUCGUGAUGGGAGACCCCUCGGGGGCCCCGAGGUUGGCCAGUGCUGGACUCCCAAAGAAGCAGCUUUGGAGAUCCCUCUUGUUCCUGGUCCUCUUUCCCUACUUGAAAGUGAAGUUGGAGAAGCUGGUCUCCAACCUGAGAGAAGAGGACGAAUAUUCCAUCCAUCCCCCCUCUUCCCGUUGGAAGCGGUUUUACCGAGCUUCCCUGGCAGCUUAUCCCUUUGUGACCAUGGCCUGGGAAGGCUGGUUCCUCAUUCAGCAGCUACGCUACAUCCUGGGGAAGGCUCAGCAUCAUUCACCCCUGCUGAGCCUAGCUGGAGUUCGGCUAGGCAGACUCUCCUCGGAGGAUGUCCGAGCUUUGGAAAAGACACUAACUGGAGCUCGUGGGAUGCAUCAGCCAGCCACUAGCAUUCGUGAGAAGGUGCAGUCGGUUGUCAAGAAAACUAUAGGGGGCCUUGCCUUGUCCGUCUCCACAGGCCUUUCUGUAGGUGUUUUCUUCCUGCAAUUCCUAGAUUGGUGGUACUCAUCAGAGAAUCAAGAAACCAUCAAAUCCCUGACUGCCCUGCCCAUCCCACCACCCCCUGUGCACCUAGACUACAACUCUGAUCCCUCUCUGCUGCCAAAGCUGAAAACCGUGUGCCCCUUAUGUCGCAAAACCCGGGUGAAUGACACCGCCCUCACCACCUCUGGCUACGUGUUCUGUUACCGAUGUGUGUAUAACUAUGUGAAGAGUCACCAAACUUGCCCCAUCACAGGCUAUGCAACAGAAGUCCAGCACCUGGUUAAACUAUACUCCCCUGAAAACUGAAUGACCUUGCUAACUGUGCCCCAUGGUAAGACUGCUCUGCCUGCCAUCCAUUCUGCCAGACUGGUUUUGCUUGGUCAGACCCAGCCAUCUUAGUCACCCAUCUCAGGACCACCUCAAACUUAAAGAGCCUAACAAAACAUUUGUUAAAAUCAAAUACAUACCCAUUUGAACAUAGGCUAUUAAUAUGCCUCCGAACCUCCCCUCCAGAGAUAAAGGAAAACACUGAGGCAAGUUGCCAUAUGAAGAUAAAACCAGGUGUCAUUAGUGGGAGGGGGGCAGAGUUGUUGUGAGGAUCAAUCAAAUGAACUAAGAUAAGCAAAGCACUUUAAUCAAGCUGUAUGAGUGCUAUAUUAUUCUGUGGAGGGAGGAAGAGAGAUACAGCACCCAAUCUCCACUAUCUGCUGCUAUGCCUUGGAUCCAGACUACAAAUAGCCCAAGAAGGAUCCAGAUAGGGACUUACAUGCACUAGGCAGACUCCUCUUCAAGGACUCAUUUGUCUGCCAAUAAUGUUUAGGUGUUCAAGGAGGAUUGUUUGCUUUGAAUGGAAAUAAAACUUUAGAAAAUGAGUCACUUUUUCAAACUGACACCCUUUCAACACAGUACUUAUUCAUGCCCCAUCUAGUUUGGAUUGUGCUUUGGAGUGAAUCCUUCACAAGAAGGUACAUAAUUUACCUUUCUUGGGAAACUGGACAAGGGCAAAUAAUGUAUUGGGUUGAUUUUCCAUUUAGAGCUGUCUGGGAAUCUUAAGUGUGAAAGUCAAACUGAUAAAGAGAAAAUCCACUUAGACCGACACUAAUCCAACUCUCAUAGUGUCAGAGCUGGGAGGGACCUCAGAGGCUCUCUAGUCGAAGCCCCUCGCUUUGCAGAGGAAGAAGAGAAGCUCCUCAAAGAGUGAUUUACCAAUUGUCACCCAGCCAAUUACUGACAGAGCCAGGACUGGAAAUCCAGACACCCUGAAUUCCUCACCCCGUGCUCUUUUCUCCACUGUGCCACAAAUAACAGGGAGCAGAAAAACAGCUUUGUAUGGGCAUCUUCUGCUAACUCCCAAAAGCAUUUGCUAAACUAGCGUGAACACGUCUCACCAUUACUAAUAGCAAUUUUUAUGAAGCCUCCAUAAUGUACCACCAAAAUAAAUUUUGGUUUUACACAACACAA